AUGGCUGGUGCUUAUGAUACUGAACAACAGAGAAUGAUUGACAGGAUCAAGUGCAUCGCUUUUCGUGAAGCUCGCGAUGCUGGUGCAACAUUUAUAAAUAGACAAUGGAUUGCGGACAAAAUUCAUCGCACAACUCGAUUUGUCUCGGAGCGGUGGGAAAAAUCAUAUGACCAAUGCUUUGCUGAUUAUUCAAAUGUUGGUGCUAAACCUAAAUUAUCAGAAGCUAGUCGAGAAAUUAUUCGUCAAGCAAGUGGUCAAGAAAGAAAAAGCGGUCCUGUUGUGGCAAAGGAGAUUGCAGAAAAGCAAAAAGAAUAUGCCACCGGAAGAACAAUUAAUAAUUACCGUCACAGAG